UGCCUUAGGUGUAUUACGACUACAACUACCAGCUGGUCAGGUUCGACUCCCGUCCCGGUAUAGUGUUCCCUUACUACAGCCCCGAUGCCAACAUGGAAAUCCAUGACUACAAUACUGGUGUGGCCUACGUCGUGGACUGGUCGCUCUUCAACUGCAGCAUUGUGCCCAUAGAGAACAGCACCUCGCGCAACACUUCGUCGGUCCCGAUCCAUCUCAGGAAUCCAGAACAGCUUUUUUAUCUUGAUUCAUCCUAUGCCUAUUCAGGACAGGAUUACUGGACAAGUGCAAAUGACAUAGGAAAUGACAGUCCAGAUACACCGGUUAGGCUGGAAAUAAACGACCCUUUGAGUGGGUUAAAUUACAUAUACGACUUCUACGAUUUCAAUCAGGACCACCCCAAUGUGCUCAACGCCUUCAUAAUCACACCCUGCUUUACAGAUGAUCAAAGGACUAAUUUCCAGAUAACUUUCCCAGGAGACGCAAGUGACUUCCUUACAGAUCACAGACUUGAGUUGCAAGAGCAGAUUGUUAUGCAAAUUUCGAAACUGACAACUUUGAGUCCUAUUCGGAUACAAAGAACCUCAAUUUAUUGGGAUGAAGAAAACACGUACUUCCUGGGAACUCUCUUGGACAAGGCGCCGUCUAUUGCUAAAUUCCGACGUUGGCCCAACCUCGUUGCCCAGUAUAAAGAUGAUAUGACGAUCUCAGGCGUGACUAAUGCUUUCACGUGUGCAAGUGCGUGCGACCAGGCGACAGGAACCUGCAACAGCUUCGACAUUUGCCCGAGUGCGCAGACGUGUGCGCAGAGUCAGCAGUAUACCCCUGAUGGAACCCAUUUGUCAACAAGCGGCACCUGCGACCACUAUUCACGUGUGCUGUCCGGACCAGUAGACCACGAAAUUGGACUUAAAGAUGCCUACAUUUCAUUGAAAAACUAUGUCUUAACGAACGGAUUUAAAGUAACACUUUCACAAUCGAAAAAAAACUUUUACCGCUUCUACAAUAACGACUGAAGUUCUUAGAAAUCCAACCUUAGGGUCAUCGAACAAAGCUACCAGCCCCAGUACAACUCAAGCAAUAACAGAAGGGCCAGCGAAAGUAACUGCACACACAGAAUCUCACUCAUCAUCAGCGACACCGACAACCACGACUGGAUCGACAACAGCUACAUCCACAUCAACUACUAUCAAGGUGCAGAAACCUACUCCUUGUGCUUGUGUCUGCAACAGUCCCACGACGUCAGCUGCAUCCACAUCAGCUACUGUCAAGGCGGAGGAAACUACUCCAUGUGCUUGUGAAGGCAAGCGCUCUACGUUGUUGGCUGCAUCACCCUCCUCCACAAAAACGUUUACAGGAGGACACAAAACAUCACCGUCGUCGUCGGCGACGCAGUGUGGGGAAACGUCACCGUCAAAAUCUUCCCCAGCAACAGGUACACUUGUUGGAGUAGCAAUCGCAAUGUUGGUUCUGGGCGGCAUCCUCGGUGGCGUCAUAGUUUUCUUCAUUCAACGACGUCGCGGGGGUGAUAUAAAGUACGACAAAUAUAUAACCAACCCAGCGUACACUCAUUAAACUGCGUUAGAGUAACA